AUGGGUUUAAACGCAUCGAAGACAGUGGACGGACCGCUCGGGUCUGUGGAAGUGAGGGACAGAUCACCGAAAGGACGGGAUAUCAGUGAAUGUCCGAUGCAUUCAACCAACAAACCAAAGACGGCCUCCGAGUGUCCCAUAAGUCAAGACAAUUAUAUGCCGGUUGUGGCCAAUCAACAGCCAUCAGAGGCCCUUCCCAUUGUCAACGGGUCGUCAGAGGUCUUCGAUCCCGAAGGCAGAGCCCAAGUCAGAGGACGACCUCUUUUGGCACUACCCGUCUUGCCGGUUGUGGCCAAUCAACAGCCUUCAGAGGGUCAGCCCUUCCCAUUGUCAACGGGUCGUCAGAGAUCAUCGAUCCCGAAGGCAGAGCCCAAGUCAGAGGAAGACCUCUUUUGGCACUACCCGUCGGAACAGAUGUUCUGGAAUGCGAUGCUUAGGAAGGGCUGGAAAUGGGAUAAACCUGUUGAAGGCGAUAAAAGUGGCGAACAAAUGGCGCCCAAAGACAUGACAGAUAUCAUCAAAAUCCAUAACUAUAACAAUGAGAUGGCGUGGAAAGAGAUCCUGAAGUGGGAAAUGGCUUUCCAUUUGAAUGAAUGCCCGAAUGGACCCAAACUGAAGCGCUUCGGCGGCAGAGCUCAAGACUACUCCCCGCGCGCGCGGAUCCGCUCGUGGAUGGGCUAUGAGUUGCCAUUUGAUAGACACGAUUGGGUGGUCGACCGGUGCGGUGAAGAUGUGCGGUAUGUCAUCGACUACUACGACGGCCAGAAACUGGACUCAAACAGCGGUAACUUCGCUAUACUGGACGUGAGGCCAGCGAUGGACUCAUUCGGCAACGUUUGGGACAGAAUGAGAGUCGCCUUCUGGAGAUGGACUCAAAAAUCUGAUGAGUAG